GACCACAUUCCGGAGCCCGGGCUCUGGUGUUUGGCUGUGCCCCCGGGUCCCCACUUCCCGCCUGCCAGCACCUCUGGUCCCACUUGAGCUUGUUGGGGAGGGUGACGGGACCCUUGGGAAGUCCCCAGCCUUGAGCUGCGAGGGCUUGAGAAGGAGAGGAUAGAUCGAUCGUUCCCGGCUGUCCCCUCCGGGGAGGGGCCUGUUUCCAUUAGGGUUCCCACUCCCUCACGGCCUCAGCCUCCUGGAGCGGCUGCCAGCCUCUUCAUCUGUGGUCACCUUUGCGCUUCUCUCGUCAAGUUGGAUAGUCAGAAAUAAUCUAGUCGAGCCCUCUCAGUGCGUUGAUAGGAGAGGGACGCACUGUGACUAACAGACGCCACCAAGCUUUUGGCUGAGGACCCAUCCUCGCUUCCCUGGGUUUGGUUUUGUUGGCCGAGGGCUCCGCUCUAGCUUUUCACCUGCAGAUUCAGACAAAUCCCACUCCAAUAAGGGGACCAUAAGGACCAGCGUUGACGCCUGUGCCUCUGCGGCCGGGAGGCAGUGGAUGAUAAGCCAAGCUCUACUCCAGGAAGUGAAAAUGUGCUGCCUCGAGAGCCGCUGAUUGCCACGGCAGUGAAGUUUCUACAGAAUUCCCGGGUCCGCCAGAGCCCACUUGCAACCAGGAGAGCAUUCCUAAAGAAGAAAGGGCUGACAGAUGAAGAGAUUGAUAUGGCCUUCCAGCAGUCGGGCACUGCUGCCGAUGAGCCUUCGUCCUUGGGCCCAGCCACACAGGUGGUUCCUGUCCAGCCCCCUCACCUCAUAUCUCAGCCAUACAGUCCCGCAGGCUCCCGAUGGCGAGAUUACGGCGCCCUGGCCAUCAUCAUGGCAGGCAUCGCAUUUGGCUUUCACCAGCUCUACAAGAAAUACCUGCUCCCCCUCAUCCUGGGCGGCCGAGAGGACAGAAAGCAGCUGGAGAGGAUGGAGGCCGGUCUCUCUGAGCUGAGUGGCAGCGUGGCCCAGACAGUGACUCAGUUACAGACGACCCUCGCCUCCGUCCAGGAGCUGCUGAUUCAGCAGCAGCAGAAGAUCCAGGAGCUUGCCCACGAGCUGGCUGCUGCCAAGGCCACCACAUCCACCAACUGGAUCCUGGAGUCCCAGAAUAUCAACGAACUCAAGUCCGAAAUUAACUCCUUGAAAGGGCUUCUUUUAAAUCGGAGGCAGUUCCCUCCGUCCCCAUCAGCCCCGAAGAUCCCCUCCUGGCAGAUCCCAGUCAAGUCACCGUCACCCUCCAGCCCCGCGGCCGUGAACCACCACAGCAGCAGCGACAUCUCACCUGUCAGCAACGAGUCCACGUCGUCCUCGCCUGGGAAGGAGGGCCACAGCCCCGAGGGCUCCACGGUCACCUACCACUUGCUGGGCCCCCAGGAGGAAGGCGAGGGGGUGGUGGACGUCAAGGGCCAGGUGCGGAUGGAGGUGCAAGGCGAGGAGGAGAAGAGGGAGGACAAGGAGGACGAGGAGGACGAGGAGGAUGAUGAUGUGAGCCAUGUGGACGAGGAGGACUGCCUGGGGGUGCAGAGGGAGGACCGCCGGGGCGGGGAUGGGCAGAUCAACGAGCAGGUGGAGAAGCUGCGGCGGCCCGAGGGCGCCAGCAACGAGAGUGAGCGGGACUAGGGCUGCGCCUGCUGCCUCCAGCCCUGAGGAUGGCAUCUAGUGUGCCAGUGCGUGGCCAUACCCUGCCUCCCUCUCUGGCCCUGGGAGGGCAGCUUGGAGCCCAGGUAGGGGGCAGAGCUGUCCUCAGCUGCACUGCGGCCUGGUGGCAGUGUGGGGAGUCACACUUCUGUCCACCUGGCCUCCUCUCGCCUGGCCGCCAGCCCCAGCCCCAGCCCCAGCCCCAGCCCCAGGCCCAGCUGCCUUUGGCUUUGAUCUCAAGUCAGGCUGAAGGCAGCGAAGCCUCGGGGCCCAAGCCCCUCCCCAGCCCCCUCUCCCGGACAGACGCCUUGCCCAGGGUGUGUUUGCCGAGUGUCUUGACUACCGUGACACCACGCAUGGCCAGAGCUAGCGUCCCUACUGCCUCCCGACUCCUCAGUGGAGGAGGAGCUGCGGUCCCUCUGGUGUCUGCCGUCCCCCUCCCUCCCUGGGCCCGGCCCUGGACUCCUCAGGUGCCUGUCCCCAGCCCCAACCCCACUCAUGCCCCGUCGUCCUCCCAGACAAAUGAAACCACGCUGCGCUUCCGAUGCCCCUGCUUGCCGUGUAAUGGUUCAGCUAAUCCCAUGGCGAGAUGGGGGCUCACUCCGGAGGAGGAGCCAGGCAGCAGGGCCUUCCUGACCAACAGCCAGCUCUGUCCUUCCCCCCAGGAAACACAUGUUCAUUUGUGUGAUCAUGUAUAGACCUCAGAACGGAAGAUAGGACUGUAUAUAAUUGUAAUAAAUACCAGUUGCCACUAUUUAA